AUGCCAACAAAACACAUCAUCUUCGACGUGGUCGGCACCUGCGUCUCCUUCGACGCCUACUUCGCCUCCAUCGCCGCCACCAUCGGCCCAAAACUCUCUUCGCAUGGGAUCACUCCCACACACUUUGGCUACACCUGGAUGACCGCCGCGGAACUCGAAUUCACCUUCUUGUCUAUUUCCGAGUCCUACCGGCCCUACAAAGACGUCAUGCGCGCGCUCUUCUACCGCAGUCUUUUCAUGGCUGGGGUGGCGCAGCCUCGCAGGGUCUUUACAGAGGAGGAGCGGGAUGCUUGUCUCGCCGGCUAUGCGUCGCUGCAGCUGCGUCCGGAGCUGGUCCCUGCGUUGGAGAAGUUGCGCAGCGCAGGGUUUGAGGUGUGGUGUCUUACGACUGGGGAUGUGGAGCGUGUCCGGGGGUAUUUUACCAGGGCGGGGGUUGAGAUGCCGGUUGAAAGGGUGUUGAGUUGUGAUGGGUUGCGGGUUGCGAAGCCGGCGCCGGGGGCUUAUCGGGCUGCGAUUGAGACGAUUGGGUCUGGGGGGGAGGAUGAGAAGUGGUUUGCGGCGGCGCAUCUGUGGGAUGUGUCUGCUGCGGUGAGGGCGGGGUUUCGGGGGGCAUACUGCGGUGUGCUUGAGGGGGAGGGAUGCUGGGAGGUGUUUGAGAGGGAGAGCUUGGAGGUUGUUGCAGAGGGGUUGGUGGAGAUGGUGGAGGGCGUUAUUCAACUGUCUGGUUAG